CCCGGGGUAGGGGGCGCCGGGCCGCCGGCGAGGGUCGCGCGUGCUUUCCCCGGGCGCCUGGGUGGACCGGAGUGGCGGACCCUCAGGCCCUUCCCCCGAGGCGGUCGUCUACGGCACGGGCGGAGGAGGGAGUCGCCAUGGAGCCUGGGGGCAGAGGAUCACUUUCUGAGGACUCACACUUUCUUCAUGCUGGAAACCCAAAAGAAAAUGACAUGACUGCUGUGCUGCUAACCUCUGGGUCACAGGAAUCGAUGCUCAGGGAUAUGGCUGAGGCUCUUACCCAGUGGGGGCAGCUGAACUCUCCUCAGGGAGAUGUGCCUGAGAAACGUAGGAAUCUGGUCUUGCUGGGGCUUCCAAUUUCCAAGCCUAAUGUAAUCUCUCAGUUGGAGCAUGGGGAGGAGCUGGAGAGAGAUAUCUCAAAAGCAGCCAGUGCAGACUGGGAGGAAGAAAGCAAGGAGUUAACUCCAGAGAAGGACAUUUCUAAAGAGGAAUCAGCUCCUGGGGUGUUAAUAGAAAGAUUUCCAGAGGAAGAUUCUAGUGAAUGUGAGAAUUCUUUAGAGAGUCAGCAAGAAAACCAUGAGAAACAUUUAAUACAAGAGGUCAUCACUCAAAAGAAAUCAUCUGGGGAGAGAAGUUACCAAUGUGAUGAAUUUAGAAGAAAUUUUAGUCGGAGGUCAUUACUUGUUCAACAACAAGGAGAGAGACUACAUCCCUGUGAUUCAUUUAAAAAGAACAUAAAACAAAAUUCAGAUAUAAUUAGGCAUGAGAGAAUUUGUACAGGAAAAAAACCUUGGAAGUGUAAUGAGUGUGAGAAAGCCUUCAGUUACUAUUCAGCUUUUGUCUUGCAUCAGAGAAUUCACACAGGAGAAAAGCCCUAUGAAUGUAAUGAAUGUGGUAAAGCCUUUAGCCAGAGCAUACACCUUACUCUACACCAGAGGAUUCAUACUGGAGAGAAACCCUACGAAUGUCAUGAAUGUGGGAAAGCCUUCAGUCACCGCUCAGCCCUUAUUCGGCAUCAUAUAAUUCAUACUGGAGAAAAACCCUAUAAAUGCAAUGAAUGUGGGAAGGCCUUUAAUCAAAGUUCAUACCUCACUCAACAUCAGCGAAUUCAUACUGGAGAGAAACCUUAUGAGUGUAAUGAAUGUGGGAAGGCCUUCAGCCAAAGCACAUUUCUUACCCAACAUCAGGUCAUUCACACUGGAGAGAAACCUUACAAGUGUAACGAAUGUGGCAAAGCCUUUAGUGAUCGGUCAGGCCUUAUUCAGCACCAGAGAACUCAUACUGGGGAGCGGCCUUAUGAGUGUAAUGAAUGUGGGAAAGCCUUUGGCUACUGCUCAGCCCUGACUCAGCACCAGAGAACUCACACUGGGGAGAAACCUUAUAAAUGCAAUGAUUGCACCAAAGCCUUCAGUGACCGCUCAGCCCUUAUUCGUCAUCAGAGAACGCACACUGGAGAGAAACCUUACAAGUGUAAGGAUUGUGGAAAGGCAUUCAGUCAGAGCUCAUCUCUUACAAAACAUCAGAAAACUCACACUGGAGAAAAGCCCUAUAAGUGUAAGGAAUGUGGAAAAGCCUUCAGCCAGAGUUCAUCCCUUUCUCAACACCAGAAAACUCAUGCUGUAGGGAAAUCAAAGGCAUAUGUACAAGCCUUUAGUGAGCAUAUAGCCUUUGGCCAACAAAAGAGAAUUCAUACUGGAUAAAGACUAUGUAAAUGUGGUACAUUCAGAACAUAUGUAUUGAGCAUUCACCAUACCUACUGUGGGGGCUACAAAGAAAUUUAAGACUCUGUUACAAAAAAAGUUACUGAGAAGUCAUUGUUGAUGGGGAAUAUAGCUUACUUAGACUGUGAAAGAGCAGUUUUACAUUUUUUAAAAUGUCCUAGUGGAGGACACUCUGAAUUUUCUUGGGGAAAGAGGAAAAUUAUUUCUAAAACCCUAAGAUAUAUAUAUAUGAGCUACCAAAUCCUUGAGAGAGAAAUAGGGUGUGGUAUGGUGGAAAGAGGACAUCUUAACUGGGGUAGGUAGUUUCAUAAUGCUAAGGACAUACGUUUUAAAGAGAAAAGUAGUCCUCUUAGGGAAAUUGCAGGGAUAGAAAUAAGAGAUUGAGAAUUCACAGUGAGUUUGUCUAGGAUCAGGAAUGGUGGUAGAAGGGAAGUUGUCCUUAAUUCUUAAGUACAAAGGAGGUAGAUGGGAAAGAUAGAAAAAAAGAGCUGUGGAAAUGAACCCAAGAAAUGUUGAUUGAAAUAACUACUCAGCUGAAUAUUCACAAUCAGGAAAAGUAUUAGACUUGUUAGGUGGUCAGUUACAAAGUUUCUGUGAGGGCAGCUUUACCCUGAGGCUAAGGAAUGUUGGCCUGGGAGUCUGCUUUUGUCACCUACUAAGAAUCAUGUUAAUUCUGAGGGUCAAGACCUACAGCUUAGAAAGGGAAAGUAUAGAAGAGACCUCUGAUGUGUUCAGCAUGUUUUAAGCUGACUGAGUUACCUGAGAAUAUGCUUAUUUAUAAAAAUUUGCCUCAGUUGUGUCUAGUUUUAUCUUAAAUUUUUUCAUGCCACAUAGUGAAAUUUAGUUGUGGAUUUGCACUGACACUGCUUAUUAGAUUGUGAAAAACUUGAAAAAACUUUGAAAUACUUGCCUUUCACCAUUUUACUCUUAGGUAGAGGCAGAUGACA